CAGUGGUAAACAACAAGUUGUAAAGAAUGAACGACCAAGAAAGAAAACGAUGCAUGAAAAGUCCACAGCUGGGAACUAAACGGAAAAUUAAAAAGACCGUUGCGCUAAGCGAAGAAGCUACCCUCUGGCUAAUUAAGAGUGUUCAUGACAACGAGUGCCUUUGGAAUAGACGCCACACGGAUUACAAAAACAAGGAUCUACGUGCGGAAGCAUGGGAAACUAUUUCUUCACAAAUUGGAUUGCCUACAGAGAGUGUUAAGGAUAAAUGGAUAUCAAUACAAUCGACGUACCGAAAAUACAGAUCCAAUUACAACAGAAGUAUAGUUACUGGAGAAGAUAGCGAUGAAGUUAAUCAACCCACCUGGUUUGCGUACAAAAGCAUGAGCUUUUUGGGCACAACAACGGAGUCUUAUGAAAAUACUCAGGCAAGUUCUAAGGAUGACAUCACACAUGAUGAGAAGGAGUUUACAACCCUCCAGCCAGCUCCAAUAACUAUCACUAGUUUACCAUUGAUAAAAACUGAAGACGAACGUAUUAACGACGUUACCAGCAUGGGUGAGGCUUCAACAUCCACCAGCACGUCUGGAAAGGAGUUUACGAGUGUAGACAUGGAGUGCGGGAGAGAAGGCACCAUCAUCGGAGAGUCCUCGAGUUCCAUCAGUGCUGUUUGGAAAGCGUUCAACCCCGAAGAGGACUGUUCCGAGGAAAUGACCGGUAGUGAUAAUGACGCAAUUGCCGGUGGUUUUAGGAAGGCAUUUGAAUCCGACGAAGAUCGCUUACGAGCUAUGACCACCAUUGAAGAAGCAUCAGCAUCAGUCAGUGGCUUAAACACACAACACAACAGAUACGAUAGUGAAUGUGUUAGAGUUAUGACUAACAUCGGUGAGUCUAUGGAACAAUGGUCACCAAAAAGGCGGGAUAGAGUUUUAAUUAAAAUUAAAAGAAUUGUAGCGGAUGAAGAGGAAGGUAGAUUCAAAGACCAUUACGGUCACAGUCCGUAAUACGUGGUGGACGAACCAGACGAGCUGGUAAUGGAGUGUCUCCGGUUUUGGGUCGCACUUAAUAAUUUUUUCAACUUGGCAAAUACGGCCGAGCUGAGUUAUGUCAAGCUUGUAGUUUGACCUUCAGACCGUUCUUGUUCGUGGCGUAACGACCAUCUUCGUCAUGGUCAUGCCUACCUGUUAAGGGCUUACUAAACCUAUUCCCUUUAUGUUCGUCGAUAGUAAGUUCUGUCGUACAGGGCAGAGUCCGGUCUCGG